AUGUAUGAUCCUGAGAAAUUCCGCUUGCGCGAGCAACCCACGUUGGACUUCUUUGAUGUUGAGCAGGUCAUUUUCGGCAAAGGAAAGAGCACUGCUUCGCGGACGCACAGUAUCACAGGAAGUUCGUUGAUUAUCGAACACGGUGAUGAACACAAGGAGAUACUUGAUGAAGAUACUCAUACCUGGCUCGAUGACAAAAUUGAAAACAUGCCUGGUGAUUCCACUUUCGAUGCUGAGGAAGACAUUGACUUGGACGUGCCGGAACUCACAAAAAUUCUCGCUGAUGAUCCACCCCAAGGGAGUGUGUUGAAAGGUAAGAAGAGAGAGCAAAUGGUGGCUUGCAUUGAUGAUGCCGGCAAUGCUGAUGGUGAAUGGGUCUGGAAGUGA